AUGGCGGAGGCCGUGGCCAGCAACCUGUGUGGGCGUCAGGAACAUGCUGAUCUGCCUCCAUCUGCAAAAAGGCUGGACAAGUUGCGGGGCAAAACAACACUGAAGGAAUCGCCCGUCACGGCCAUUUCGUCUCCCAUCUUGGUCCGGAAACCUGAGGACUGGUACUUCACAUUUUACAUCAGGACCGAUCUCCAAGGAUUUUACCAUACAUAUCCUGAUGUGCACGGGCCAUUCAAGACCUUACAGGAAGCUGACAAUGCUAUCGAUCGCCACCUUCAUGACCUCGAGGAUCCAAAAAUGUCCAGUGACUCAUUAGACAAGCUUUCCCUAAAGGAGCGUGCCGUGCGAGAAUCUCUCUACUGGCCUGAUGGCACUAGGAAGAAAUGUUUGGAACCGCCAGACGAAAGCGAAGAUGAAGUUCACCUGCUGCUUGAAGCUUUAGUGGAUCAAUAUAACGAGGAUCACAAUCUUUUGGGGAAUCAUGCACUUCAACUCAAGGAUGUCCAGCGGGAGCGGUUCUUUUUUUCUAAGGGCAAUACGUACAACCAUUUCAAUUUCACUGCAAGGACUGAAGGAGUUAUUGAUUCUUUCUUUGCUGAAGUCCAAUGUACAGACGACGGAGAGCAUGAGGAAAUUGUGGUCAGCUGUUUCUGCGUUGUUAAACCUAAUGAUAAUGGUCGCUGCUAUGGCUGUCAGAAUAAUGGAGCAGUUGAUAUGAAGCACCCAAACAAAGCUAAUGCAUAUUGUCGUGGACAAGUUGAUGAAUAUAUGCCCUGCUUGGGUGGAUAUCAUAUAGAGCAAAGCUACUUAGCUGAAAGUGUUGAAGACGAGGAGGAACGGCUAAGAAGUCAAUAUGAGUGCUUUGAUGACCCAAGUUUUAUGGCGGAGCACUUCCCUUACUCUUGA